UGCCACACGAUGAUGCGGGCUAUUUAGAUAUCGGACGAGGGCAGUUCCACCAUGGAGAUUCUCUUUUGCAGCCAAGGAAGGUGGGGGAAGAGGAUGGAAGUGAAUACUGCAAGCAUGAUCAACGUCUUCGUCCCCUUGUUGCUGUGUGUGUUGGUCCUAGAGACCUAUCAGCCUCCUACCGCAACUGCUGUGUCCACCCGGCGUGGAAACAAUGCAACCGACCGGUCCUCGCUCCUCGCCUUCAGGUCCCUGAUAUCUGAUGAUCCACUGGGGUCUCUGGCCUCAUGGAAUGACUCCCUCCAUUUUUGCCGGUGGCGAGGUGUUACGUGCGGUCGCCGUCACCCGGAAAGGGUCACGGCCCUCGAACUCGACUCUCUCGGCCUGGUUGGUCUCCUAUCACCUUUCCUCGCUAACCUCACCUUCCUCCAGAGAAUCAGCCUUUCAAACAACCGGUUCAAGGGACGCAUCCCGAAAGAGUUUGGUCGCUUGCGCCGGCUCCGAUAUCUCAAUCUGACCCUCAACUCCCUCCAAGGAGUGAUUCCAUCCGCUCUGGGCCGGUGCUCCGAACUCAGAGUCAUCAGUCUGAGGGACAAUGCACUGCAAGGUGAGAUUCCAUCUACUCUUACCUUUCUCUCCCGCCUUCAAAUUAUCGAUUUGUGGAGCAACAUGCUUCGAGGGGAAAUCCCUUCCAAUCUCAGCCACUGUCAACAACUUCAAGAAAUUAAAUUAAGGAACAACAUGCUCAAAGGUGAGAUCCCUGCAGAGCUCGGCAACCUUCCGAGGUUGACUCUGCUGAUUUUAGGCUUCAACAAUCUUACAGGGGCCAUCCCGCCUUCUUUGGGAAACCUUCCCCUCCUGGCCGUUCUUGAUCUCCCUCAAAACAGCCUUAUAGGAGUCAUCCCACCUUCACUCGGCAACCUCUCCAACCUGGUCUAUCUUUCCAUGUAUAGUAACAAGCUAUCUGGAGUCAUACCACCUUCUUUGGGGAGCCUCCCCUUGCUGAAUACCCUUGAUCUCACGGGUAACCGCCUCACAGGAACCAUCCCACCUUCUCUUGGGAACCUCUCCUUUCUGGAUGGUCUUGGUGUUGCCAUCAAUAAUCUCCACGGAGGCAUCCCAUCUUCCCUAGGGAAACUGUCCUCUCUCACUCAUUUGGAAUGCUCUGUGAACAAUCUUUCGGGUGAGAUUCCAGCUUCAUUGGGACAACUCUCUUCUCUUAUAUAUCUUAAUCUUGGGCAAAACAAGUUAUCAGGUUCCAUACCUUCCUCCCUCUACAAUCUCUCGGCCAUCAUUAACUUCGGCAUCUACGCUAAUCAACUCUCGGGCACUCUUCCAUCAGACAUUGGCAAUGCUCUUCCCAACCUUCAAAAAUUUUUGGUGUGCGUAAAUCAGCUCACUGGACCAAUUCCUGCAUCUCUGGCCAAUGCUUCUGCACUCCAAGACAUCGAAUUUAAUUUUAACAGCCUCACCGGCACGAUUCCUUCGAGCCUAGGAAAACUGCAGAGCCUUUAUUGGCUUGAUGUCGCCGGCAAUCAACUAGAAGCGAAGGAUAUCACUGACUGGAGUUUCAUGAUGGCUUUAACCAACUGCACAAAUUUGCAAACUUUAGGUGUAGAGUACAAUAUGCUUGGAGGCAGGAUGCCCAAUUCAAUUGCCAAUUUUUCCACGAGGCUGGAAUAUUUGGCGCUCGAUAAUAACCGGAUAUCGGGAGUAAUACCUGACGGGAUCGGGAAGUUGAUCAACCUAAAUUACCUUGAUAUGGGUACCAACCGUCUCCAAGGCAGUCUACAUGCAGAAAUUGGGAAGCUUUGGAGAUUACAAUACUUGUCUUUGGGGGAAAACAUGAUUUCCGGUGAAAUUCCAUCCACACUCGGUAACCUCACCAAAAUGAACACAUUGUACCUCCAACAAAAUAGCUUGGACGGGAGCAUUCCAUCGGUCUUUGGCAACUUCAAAAAUCUAGAGUCGUUGGACCUCUCAUCUAACAAGCUCACUGGUGCCAUACCGAAAGAAGUUAUGAGCCUUUCUUCACUCUCGAUCUUCCUAGACUUGUCUCACAAUCUGUUGGAUGGGUCCAUACCCUCAGAAGUUGGUGAUCUGCAAAAUAUUGGAAAGCUCGAUCUCUCUCACAACAAAUUAUCUGGCCGGCUACCUGGCGCCAUUGGUGAAUGCCAGAUCUUGGAAAGCCUCCAUAUGGAAUUCAACUUGCUUGAAGGAGAAAUUCCUUCCUCUUUUAGCUACUUAAAAGGGCUUCAGGAACUAGAUCUUUCACACAACUUAUUAUCUGGUCGCAUACCGAUAUACCUGGAAGGAUUUAUUUACCUACAGUCUUUGAAUCUAUCUUUCAACAAUUUCGAGGGUGACGUGCCAAAAGAAGGGAUAUUCAGCAAUCUGAGUGCGAUUUCACUCAGUGGAAAUGAUCGACUUUGUGGUGGAAUUCCUGAACUGCACUUGCCGGCCUGCUCUAUUGAAACCCCUGGGAAAAGGCAUAAAUCUUUUGCACUCAAGGCAAUCAUUAUUUCAGUUGCCGGUGUGGUUUUCUGUUUGAUUAUACUACUAUUCUUCUUUGUUACUCGUAAAUGGAUACCAAAGUCUAGAAUGAAAUCGCUGUCUAUAUUUCGGUUGAGAGAUAUGCACGUGCAAGUAUCUUAUGAUGAGCUUUUCAGAGCUACUAAUAGAUUCUCUUCAGCUAAUUUGAUAGGUGCAGGAAGUUUCGGUUCGGUCUAUAAAGGAACAAUUGUGGAUCAUGGUAAUGAAAGAAUUGUUGCCGUGAAGGUGCUCAACCUCCAACGGUAUGGAGCUUGCAGGAGUUUUAUGGCUGAAUGCAAAGCCCUGAGACACAUCCGACAUCGAAACCUCAUCAAGAUCUUCACUUCGUGCUCGAGUGUAGAUCACGAUGGUAAUGAUUUUAAAGCUUUAGUUUUUGAAUUCAUGCGUAAUGGGAGUCUAGACGAGUGGUUGCAUCCGAAUGCACGUGACGGUCAUCAAUCUAGAAGUUUAAGCCUCAUCCAGAGGCUGAACAUAGCCAUCGACAUUGCUUCUGCAUUGGAGUAUCUUCAUCACCUCGGGACAACGCCAAUUGUUCAUUGUGAUCUCAAGCCCAGCAAUGUUCUUCUGGAUGAUGACUUGACUGCUCAUGUGGGGGACUUUGGAUUAGCAAGGUUUCUGGAACAAACACAUGGUGAAUCAUCUCAGAGUUCAAGCAGCACAGUGGGAAUCAAGGGAACAGUUGGUUACGUCCCUCCAGAGUAUGGCAUGGGCAACCAAGCAUCUACAGCUGGGGACAUGUACAGCUAUGGAAUUCUUCUGCUAGAAAUGUUUACAGGAAAGAGGCCUAUCGAUGACAAAUUUAAAGAUGGCCUAAACCUUCAAAAAUAUGUUCAAAUGGCCUUUCCAGAGCAAGUUAUGGACAUCAUAGACCCCAGGUUGUUCUCAGCAGAGGAACAUGAGGAGUUUAUAGUUCCAGUAAUCAAAUGUGGCCUCUUGUGCUCAAAGGAAUCACCAGAAGAGCGAUUGGAGAUGACAGAGGUUGCCAAGGAAAUGGUGGCAAUAAGGGAUAAGUUGCUCAAGGGACUGAAUCCAUGACCCAAGCUCAAAUGAAUCAAACGAGCCCUCCUGAAUUUUCUUUUGGAACAUGUCCUUCAUCACUGGCUGUUUAUCUUAUGCUUAGAAAGAGUUUCUCUUUUUCUGCCUUUGCGUGCGAGGGCGCAUGCCUUUGCGUGCAUCCAUCAAAAAUUAGAAUAAUGGUGCAAUAGGAACUGGAUAUAUAUGAUACAUAAAGAGAAUAUGGAAUUUUCAAAUAAAAAUGCCUAGAGGGCUACAGCCUCACGAACAGCAAUUGUGGAAUGAAUGAGAUUUUUCGAUAAGCAAGGUAAAGCCCUUUUUCUUGAGAUUUAUUAUUAUUCCUGAGAAAUUUUUGAGGUCUAUUACUAGCCCAGAGCAUUUUUAUUACGAUGGACCUAUU